CUAAACACACGGCAGCAGCUAAGGUAUUGUACCUGACCUUCCUACCUACCUACCUACCUACCUACAUACCUAUCUACCUAGGGCCGCCUAAUAAAAUUGGAUUGGGUAUCGCUGUUGCUGUUGCUGUUGUUGUGGCGUAUUAUAGUUACCGCAAGAGUUGUUGGCACCAUUCGUUUAGGACACAACAUCUUACGUGACCUCCAAAGCCCUGAGCUUUCCUAGCCCAGCGUUGCAACACAUAUUAUUCCAAUUAUAGACGUAUCUAUCUGGCUGUUGUAUGCUUCGUGUCAUUGACCCGUAGGGAGAGCAGCACUUAUUAUUAGGCCGAAACUUGGAUGCAUCACCGAUUGAAGCCUGAAAAAGAAUUUAUGUUUUUUUUUUUUUUUGCUGAAUUGUUUAAUAUCGUUUUAUUAGAACCAACCAAGACUUUUUUUUUUUUUUUAUAUCUGAAGCUUCGUCGGCGCCCAGAGCUUCAUUGUUACGUCAGAGACAGAGCCUCAUUAACCGCUUUUAUAUCUACCUGACAGGCACAUCAAUAUCUUGCUAUUUUAUUCCGUGCUAGAGUUGAAUUAAGACAGAAGGCCGGAACUAAGGAGAUACUUUAUUUAUUUUUUUCUCUUUUCUUUUCUUUUCAUUCCGCAGUCGGUGAACAGGAACAGGAACAGAGAUGGAGGAAGCACAGUACAGCACCCCGGACCUAAUAGUCGAAGACUAUCCAGUCCAAGACUACGCCGUUCAAGACUACGCGGUCCAAGACUACGCAGUCCAAGAUGCGCCUCAAGACGCGGUGCAAGACGACACGGCAGUGGAAGACGAUGCGUUGACGGUAGAAGACAUCGACCAGCGGCCAUACUCCAGUCCCUACGCCGGCCCCCACGCCGUCUUAUACUUCAAAGACGGGCCGCCUCUCAGCAUCCCCACGGCCCUGAUCGACCGGCACCCGCGAUUCAGCGCGCACUACGAGUCGGGGUACUCGCUGCGCCUCGACCACAUCCCGGGGGACCCGGGCCACGUGCUGGUGCACUACAUCUUCACGGGGACCUACCAGUGCCUGCAGCCGCGGGGGGCCUCGGCCAACGAGAAGCGGGUGGCCGAGUUCUCCACCAGCGUCCGCGUGUACACGCUCGCGCGCGAGUACGACCUGCCGCUGCUGGAGCAGCUGGCCAAGGGCGAGAUCGAGCGGCUGGGCGCCGCCCUCGAGCUGACGCAGCUGUUCGACGUGCUGACGGAGGUGCACCCCAAGCCGAGGGCCGACGACGUCUGGCUGCACGGCUACAUCAAGGCUCGGGUUGCGCCGAUCAUCGAGAGCCCGCCCGCAUCCCUGAGGAUCGAUUCCUCGGAAGGCGUGGGAGGCUCCGGCAAGAAGCUGUCGGCCAUCAGUUUCCUGCUCAGGGCGAUGGUGGAAUUGUGCAGGGAGAGGGGGGGUAGUGGUAAUGGUAAUGGUAAUGGUCAUGGUGGUGGUGACAAGAACGAGAACGAGAACGAGAAUGAAAAUGACAACGACAACGAGAACGAGAAAGACGGCGGCUCCGUCAUCACAGCAGCAGCUAAGACGGAGCCAGAGCGCGCGGGCACACAAACCCCUUCGCCCGAAUCCGAGUCGCAGGGAAUUGCCGGCAUCGUGAAGAAGGCCAAGAAGAACGCGAAGGAGCGGAGGAGGGAGCGAAGGAAGGAGAAGAGGAAGUUGGAGGAGAAUUCAGAGAAGCCAGACGGCACUACCACUACUACUACUACUACUACUACCGCUGCCACUACUCCCCAGGCAGGACUGCCGACGGCGACUAUUGACGCAGCGUCCGCUACCCCUCUGCCGAUCGAAAGUCAAUCAGUGGUAGCAGCCGCCCCAUCAGACGAGAAGACGGAACCAGCACCAGCACCAGCACCAGCACCAGCAGCCCACCAUGACGAAAAGCAGCAGAAGGAGCGGUUCUGGUCGUUCAACAGGAGCACCAACGGAUCCCAGCACAGCAGCCACCACAACGGCAACCACAACGGCAACAACAACAACUCCUCCCACCACUCCGGGAACGGCUUCAAGCCCUCGUUGUUCGGCAGCGUCAACUCGCGCCGCAGCCUGUUUGGCAGCUCGACGGACUCGUACGCCGCUCGCUCUGGCACGUGGAGCUGAAGACUACUGCUGCUCCAAUCGGCAAGUCGUCGAGUAACUCUGGUUGGACGCAAAAAGGGAAAGGAAGACUUCCAAGGUUGAUGCCGCUCUGAUGACUAGGUACUAAGGUAGGUAGGUUCGCCUUGCCUACCUACAUACCUACAUAACCUAGUGUUUACUAGGCAGCUCCAUGUGUCAAGUCGUAUCGUGUCGUAUCGUAUCGUAUCGUAUCAUAUAUACAUACGUACAUAUAUUUUUUCAUGUACCAUAACGCAUAAAGGAUGGCGGUGGUUCUGGUUUCCAAAAAAAGAAAAAAAAGCAUCCAUAGCAUUUUUGUUUUUUUUCCCAAAUACGUAUUAGGUAUCUAAUAUAAUAUUAACU